GAUGUUAAGAAAAGUGAAGAACUCAACUAAAACCCACGCUAAAUCCUCUUUGAACUCUACAGUAGCUGCCUCUGUUGUUCCUCGCCAGAAGCUAUGUCUCUGCGGGUAGCAGCAGCAAAUUUGCUCAAAAAAUUUCGCUUUCCUUCUUCUCGAGCCUUCCCUGCCUCUACCGUACCCACAAAUUCAUUGCCCAUCUCAUUUUCUGGUAAAGUUAGACUUUCCCACUGGUAUCAAACUAGAGCAUACAGUUGCAGAGAUCCUUGUCUUUGGAUUGUUGUAUCUGGAUAUGCAGCGGUGACUCUGGGGAUUAGUGCCUCCACUGUUUUUGCUGAAGAUGUAUCAACUGAAACUUCCAUUGAUAAUGACUCUGGGGAUGAGUUAAAUGGAUUCAGAAAAAUUGAGGAUGGUUCUGUAGUAUCAAAUACACACACAGCAAAAUGGAGAAUCUUUACUGAUAAAGCCAGAGAUUUUUUCCUACAGGGAAAACUAGAUGAAGCUGAAAAACUCUUCCUUUCUGCUGUGCAAGAAGCUAAAGAAGGUUUUGGCAAGCAAGAUCCACAUGUUGCAUCUGCAUGCAACAAUCUGGCAGAGUUUUACAGGAUCAGAAAGGAAUUUGACAAAGCAGAACCGUUGUAUUUGGAAGCUAUCAACAUAUUAGAGGAGUCUUUUGGUCCUGAUGAUAUACGGGUUGGGGCUGCUGCUCAUAACCUUGGGCAGUUCUACCUUGGACUGCGAAAGUUGGAAAAAGCCCGUCUUAGCUAUGAGCGCGCUUUGAAGAUAAAAAGGCGUGUUCUAGGAUAUGGCCAUUCAGAAUGUUCAGAUACAAUGUAUCAUCUUGGGGUGGUGCUGAAUCUUGAAGGAAAAGAAAGAGAUUCUGAGUUACUGAUUCAAGACUCUAUAAGGAUGCUAGAGGACGGCGGGGAAGGGGAGUCAUUUGCAUGCAUUAAAAGACUUCGGUACCUCUCAAAGAUAUAUUUGAAAUCACAUCGUCUUGCUGAGGCAGAGAUGGUGCAGAGAAAGAUCCUGCAUAUUAUGGAAUUGUCAAAGGGAUGGAAUUCCUUGGAUACAGUUAUUGCAGCUGAAGCUUUGGCUCUUACCCUGCAAGCAUCUUGCAAUACAAAAGAUUCAAAAGAGCUUCUUGAAAGAUGCCUUGAUGCCCGAAAAGCAGUACUUCCUGGUGACCAUAUUCAGAUUGGUGCAAACCUACUUCAUUUGGCAAGAGUGGCAAUGCUUGAUUCCAGCCAACAUAAAAAAGGGGAUGUUUCUAGAGCCAAAUCUGAGCUCGAGACGGCAAAGGGCCAUUUGCAUAAUUCCAUAAGAAUAGCACGCCAAUUUCUCAAUAAGAUAUUGAAACAAAAAGAUAAGCGGAAGAAAUACAGUGUGCCAGGAGAUGCUAGAAAGGAAGGCCAAGCUGCGUUGCUCAUAUUGUUGCAAUCACUCAGUACUUUGUCAUCAUUGGAGUUGGCUAUGGAAGAAUUAACGGAAACUCAGGAAGGGAAUAUUAACCUUGAGGCUAAGGAGGCACUUGUUCAAUGCAUUUCUGCUUACAAGGAGUUUGUGCAUGAGAAGUCAGUUGCUGAUGCCCCUGAAAUAAAGAACGAGCAUCUUUCCUGUUUAAAGCGCAUUCAAAACUUGCUUGGCAAUAAAUUGGAUUAAGAGCCAAGCAAUCAAAGGGAUUUCCAAAAGCUGAAUCAAACAUCUGAUAAUAAUUUUUUUGUAUAAAUUUUUGGGUUACUUGAAGUGGGAAUUUUUACUCAAAGGAAAUGAAUAGACCAAUCUUUGAUACGAGCUCAAUUUCUGCAGCAAAAACUCCUCUAAAGUGAGCUUAUCUCCAAAGUGAGAAAAUAAGAGUGUGUUUACUUUUGAAUUUAUUGUUAAGAUUACAAUGUAUUUUCAAUUAAAUCAACGAUGAAUGUAUCUUUACUUGCUUAAUUCAGGGACACUCUAAUGUAAGCUUAACAUGUUCAGAUUAACUUUUUUUUUCCCAGAA